UUAACGGAGCGCCACGCUGGGCGGCCCGGCGACCAGAACUAGGCAGAAUCCUCGGGGAGAUGCAAUCGAGUGAGUCCGUUCUCUUGCUGGGACCUCCAACCCGCAGCGCCAAGCGUCGAGGAUGCCGGACGGACUCAAGAUCCUAACUCUAACCUUGAGGGACUGAGCGACUGCUCGCCCCAAAGUGUUCGCGCUCCUUCCUGGAAGGGCCACGCCACGCAGGUCUUCACUUCAUCCCCCGAGGGGUUCGAGGCGACGCCCUAGGGGACCCUCGGGAAGCGUCAGGCCAGCGGGUUUCCCUCAUCCCUCGCUGUUGGGUGUCUGUGGAACAAACGCGGUGCGUUUUCAGGACGGCGAUGGCUAUUCUUCGUUGUCAACUUGACUAUAUCUGGAAUCAACUACAACCCAGAAAUGGAGAAGAGCAUACCUGUGAGAGAUUGUCUGCAUAAAGUAGAUGAAUCCACUUCUAAUCCAGACCUUUGAGGUAGGAAGAUACACAUCUUUAAUCUUGAUCUUGAGGUGGGAAGACACAAGUCUUUAAUCCAAAUCUUGAGAAAUGUCUUUUGUGAACAUAUGAGCCAUACCUUCAGCUGGACAUCUAUAUAAGGACAUAGAAGAAGGAAGCUUUUGCUCUUUGUCCACUUGCCCUUGCCUUGCUAGCACAUCCAUUCCUUCACUGGCAUUAGAGCCUACUUCUGGAUUGCAGCAUAUACUAAAGACCAGCUGAGACAUGCAGCCUUGUGUGACUGAGCAACCACUAGAUUUUUAGACUUUCUAUUGUUGGAUUAGUUGGACUACAGAGGAAGGAGAGAGAGAUUCAUUCCAUAAGUUCUGUGACACUAGAGAACCCUGAUUAAUACAGAUUUUGGUACCAGAAGUGAUUCUAGAGAAGCAGAAGUAUAAGGAUGAAUCUUUUAAGUAUCUGGAAUAGGCAUUUCAAUUCGACAGCACCUUCAGCUACGGAAGCCUCUCCAACCACCCCCUCUCCUGGGAGCUUGGAGAGUACUGAAGGCCCAUGGUAUGAACUGUAUUACAAACUUAAAGAAAUAAAUGAAUUUGAUUAUCCUGACUCACCAAUUGUGAGCAACAAUGGAUUAGGUGACCCUGUAUAUGAAACUUUUGACAGUUUGGGGGAAAAUAAGGAAAAUGAUGAUGCUGGUUGGUUGCUUCUAGCAUCUCUGGAUAAACUGAUAAAGGAUAGGAAUGAACUCCGGGAUAAAAUUAACCAACUACAGAAUAUGGUGAAGGACAACAAAGAACUCAAUGAUAAAAUUGACCAUCUUCAGAUGCUCAUAAACAAUCUAAAGAUUUCUAAGUGUGCCCUGGAAAAGAACCUUCUCUCCAGCAGCCACAAAGCUCAAUUUAUGGAAAAUCAAACUGAAGCUCUCAUUAUAAGGUUAGCUGAGUUACAGGGAAAAUUCAAGUCCCAGCCUCGGAGAGUGUCAACAGGUAAAGUAAGAGCAUUAAUUGGUAAAGAAUGGGAUCCUAUAACUUGGGAUGGGGAUGUGUGGGAGGACCCUAUUGAAGCUGAGAACUUUGAAUCCUCAGAUUCUCAAGUGUUUAUCUCACCUGAGGAAGUAGUACCCUCAGCCCCACCCCUUGAAAUACAGCCUUUUUCACCUUUCACUGAGGAAAUCAAUCCUUUGUUAUCUAUUAAACCAGCAGUGGCUAUCUCUAAAGGAAAUGCCAAGCAAGACAAUACUGAUGUCCCUCAGAGCCUCAAAAUAGUUGCCUCUAGACCUAUAACCAGACUUAAGGCAAAGCAGGCUCCUAGAGGGGACAUAGAAAGUGUGGUCCAUGAGGAAGUGUGCUAUACUACUAAGGAGCUUAAUGAGUUUGCUAAUUCAUUCAAACAGAAGUCUGGGGAAUAUGUGUGGGAAUGGAUUUUAAGGGUGUGGGAUAAUGGUGGAAGGAACAUAAAACUGGAUCAGGCUAAGUUUAUUGACAUGGGUCCUCUGAGUGGAGAUUCUAGGUUUAAUAUGGAAGCUCGCACAGUUCAAAAAGGUGUCAAAAGUUUGUUUGAAUGGUUGGCUGAAGUGUUUGUCAAAAGAUGGCCUACUGAGAAGGAGUUGGAGAUGCCUGAUAUCCCUUGGCUUAGUGUUGACGAAGGGAUUUUAAGGCUCAGGGAAAUUGCAAUGCUAGAGUGGAUAUACUGUGUAAAACCUAAUGCUCAACCAUGGGAAGGCCCAGAAGACACGCCCUUCACUAAUCCCAUAAGACGCAAAAUGGUGAGAGGGGCACCAGCACAUUUGAAGAGUUUUGUUCUCUCCCUUUUGCUUGUGCCAGACCUUAGGGUUGGAGAUGCUGCUGCUCAGUUGGAUGAAUUGAAUGCAAUGGGCUUAAUUGGGCCCCGGGGUUGCAGGAGCCCAGUCGCAGCACUGAAUCGACAAAAGCAAGGUGAUCAUAACUAUUGUAUGGGCAGUAUAGACAACACAAUGUUCAUAAUGGCAUGACCUGUACAGACCUUUGGUACUGGCUCAUCAGUCAUGGUUUCAUGUUUCCAGGCAUGAAGUGGAUAAGAAGCCUACUGAAUAUUUGAUCUAUAUAAGCGGAAAAAUUCUCAAACAAAUGAAAGAAAGGCUACACACUGAAUCAUGGCACAAAGCAAUCUCAGCCAGUGAAUCAAUUUUCAGAUUUGAGCCAGUUCGCAGACCUAGAACCCCUUGAAUAAAGGAGUAACCAAGUUCCCCUGAGGAAGGACCUUGAUAAAAGAGUUGCCUCUGCCAAAGAAAAUAGUGAAUCAAAAACAGUAUCACAUCCCUAGAGGAACCGCAGAAGUUAGUGCCACCAUCAAGUUCUUUAAAGAUGCAAGGGUGGUGGUUUCUACUACAUCUCCCUUUAACUAUUCUAUCUGUCCAGUUAAGUGACAGUUGACCAUCAAAACCUCAAUCAAGUAUUAACUCCAGUUGCAGCUUCUGUACCAGAUAUAGUGUCCUUACUUGAGCAAAUUAACACAUCUGGUACAUGGUAUUCAGCUACUGAUCAUGCAAAUGCCUUUUUCUCAGAACCUGUUCAUAAGGACUACCAGAUGCAAUUCCCUUUCAUAUGACAAGGCCAGCAGUAUACCUUUACAGUUUUACCUCAAGGAUAUAUAGACUCUCCUGCUCUGUGUCAUAACUUAGUUAGAAAGAAACUUGAUUGUCUGACUCUUUUACAAAAUAUCAUAUUGAUGCACUAUAGUGACAAUAUUAUGCUGACUGGACCAAGUGAACAGGAGGUAGCAAUUCAUUGGUAACACAGAUAUGAAUCAGAAGAUAGGAAAUAAAUCCAACCAAAAUUCAAGGACUGUCUACAUCAGUGAAAUCCUUAGGAGUCCAGUGGUGUGGGGAAUGCAGAGAGAUAUUCCUUAUAAGGUGAAGAAUAAAUAAUUGCAGUUGACCCCACCCCCCCACCAAGAAAGAAGCAUAACGUUUAGUGGGCCUAUUUGGCUUCUGGAAGUAUUACAAUUCUCACAUGGGUUUGUUACUCCGGGCUCUAUACUAAGUGACUUGCAUCUAUACUAAGUGACUUGGAAAGCUGUUAGUUUUGUGUGGGGCCUGGGACAGGAGAAGGCUCAACAGAUCCAGGCUACCGUGCAGGCUGUUCUACCACUUGGAUGACAUGAUCCAGCAGACUCAUUGGUACUUGAGGUGUCAGUGACAGACGGGAGUGCUGUUUGGAGCUUUGGCAUACCAUAGGUGAAUCACAGAAGAGACCUUUGGGAUUUUGGAACAAGGCUCUACUGUCAUCUGCAAACAACUAUUCUCCCUUUAGAAGACGGCUCUUGACCUGCUAUUGGGCCUCUGUGGUAACUGAACAUUUGACAAUAAGCCAAGUUACCAUGUGACCCGAGCUGCCCAUCAUGAGCUAAGUAUUAUUGGACCCGCCAAAUCAUAAAGUCGGACAUGCACAGCAGCAAUCCAUUAUCAAAUGGAAGUGGUAUACAGCUGGAGACAAGGCUCAGCAGUUAAGAGCACUGGCUGCUCUU